CAGGGCUGCAGUGCCCCGAGGCGAUCAGAGGACAGGCUCCCGGCAGGGCUGGGGAUGGGCAUGGGCUCUGCCAGGGGUCCCUGCAGCUGUUCCUGUGGCGGAGGAGCGGCUGGGGGCAGCUGGGGAGGGCAAGGGUCUGCUCCUGGGGGACCAGCAGGACAGCAGCAGCUGUUGCCCCGGCCUGCAGCACUGCGCAGGGGGCGGCCCGCCGGGCCAGUCCGCAGGCCGGGCUCCUGCCCAGGGGCGCGCUCCCCCGGCGGCUCUGCACGUCCCCGCCCGGCCGCAGUGAGUCCGCCGCGCCUGCAGGGGUCGCUGCCGCAGGAGGCGCGGGGCUGAGUGCGUUCGCUCGGGGGCAGCAGCCGCAGCAGCAGUCGCAGCGGCCGAGGCGGUAGACGCCUGAGCAGCAGCCGCCGGAGAAGCAGCCCUGAGCCGCGGCGGCCUCGGUUCCAGCUCCGGCCCGCGCCGCACGAUGCCGACCGUGGAGGAGCUUUACCGCAACUAUGGGAUCCUGGCCGAUGCCACCGAGACCGCGGGGCAGCAUAAAGAUGCUUAUCAGGUGAUAUUGGAUGGCGUAAAGGGAGGUGCCAAGGAGAAGAGGCUAGCAGCACAGUUUAUUCCAAAGUUCUUCAAACAUUUCCCUGAGCUGGCUGAUUCAGCUAUCAAUGCCCAACUGGACCUCUGUGAGGAUGAAGAUGUUUCUAUCCGACGCCAAGCAAUCAAGGAGCUGCCUCAGUUUGCCACAGGAGAUAAUCUUCCCCGGGUUGCAGACAUACUGACCCAGCUUCUGCAGUCAGAUGAUUCUGCAGAAUUCAACUUGGUGAACAAUGCUCUGUUAAGUAUAUUUAAGAUGGAUGCUAAAGGGACACUGGGAGGCUUGUUCAGUCAGAUUCUUCAGGGAGAGGAUAUUGUGAGAGAACGAGCUAUCAAGUUCCUCUCUACCAAACUCAAGACCCUUCCUGAGGAAGUGUUAACAAAGGAAGUAGAGGAGCUCAUAUUAACUGAAUCAAAGAAGGUCCUUGAAGAUGUGACGGGUGAGGAAUUUGUCCUUUUCAUGAAGAUAUUAUCUGGCUUAAAAAGCUUACAGACAGUGAGCGGGAGGCAGCAACUGGUGGAACUGGUGGCUGAACAAGCUGACCUGGAGCAAACUUUUAAUCCAUCCGAUCCAGAUUGUGUGGACAGACUCUUGCAGUGCACUCGUCAGGCAGUGCCACUCUUCUCAAAAAAUGUUCAUUCUACAAGGUUUGUGACUUACUUCUGCGAGCAUGUGUUACCAAACCUCAGUUCCCUGACUACUCCAGUGGAGGGCCUUGAUAUCCAGUUAGAGGUAUUGAAACUACUUGCUGAAAUGAGUUCGUUUUGUGGUGACAUGGAAAAGUUAGAAUCAAACUUGAAGAAGCUUUUUGAUAAAUUACUGGAGUACAUGCCACUUCCUCCAGAGGAAGCAGAGAAUGGGGAAAAUGCUGGUAAUGAAGAGCCCAAGUUGCAGUUCAGCUAUGUGGAGUGUUUGUUGUAUAGCUUUCAUCAGCUGGGGCGAAAGCUUCCAGACUUCCUCACGUCCAAGCUCAAUGCAGAGAAAUUGAAAGACUUCAAAAUCAGGCUACAGUAUUUUGCCCGAGGGUUGCAGGUUUAUAUACGACAGCUUCGUCUGGCACUUCAAGGAAAAACAGGUGAAGCCUUAAAAACAGAAGAGAACAAAAUUAAAGUGGUUGCCUUGAAAAUAACUAAUAACAUCAAUGUUUUAAUCAAGGACCUUUUCCACAUUCCCCCUUCUUACAAGAGCACAGUUACGCUGUCUUGGAAACCUGUACAGAAGGCUGAUGCAGGUCAAAAAAGAACUAGUGAAGAUACAACUUCAAGUUCACCACCGAAGAAGGCUCCAGCAGGACCAAAAAGGGAUGCCAGGCAAAUAUACAACCCACCCAGUGGGAAAUACAGUAGCAACCUGGGCAGCUUUUCUUAUGAGCAGAGAGGUGGUUUCCGGGGUGGCCGAGGGAGAGGCUGGGGAGGACGAGGUAAUCGCAGUCGAGGAAGAAUCUACUGAACAGACCAUUGCAUUCUCCAGAGCCAUUAUGGGGUAAAACACCAGUAAAAGUGAAAGUACUGCUCAUCAAAGGAUUGCCUGGAGUACUUUAUCCCUUCAAGGACUGCCUUCUGCUAAAGACUGACUUAAAUGUUCUUUAUACCUUUGUAUGUAUGAUCUACUUUUCUAACGGACUACAAAACUUGUCCAUAGUGAAACUACAACUGUAUUUUUGGAUGAUUAGUCAGCAAUUUUGAGUUAUUUUAGAAGUGUCUUCAGGGUUUAUUCGGAAUUGGAAAACAGCAUAGAUGUUUUAUCUGAAACUACAUCUUGACAGUUUGUAUAUUAACCUAAAAAUCAGCUAUUACUCAACUAAAACUAUAUUGUAAUUGAGUUUAUGUAUUAAAUAAUGGACAGGAAAGGGAUGACUACAAAGGUACACGUCCGUUAAGAUUGACAGCUGCAGUAAUCCUUUCCUCAUCUGUAACAAUAUCUUGCAAUAUGUGGAGAAGAGUACCAUUAUUAAAUUAGCAUUUAUUUACUCUUUAUAACAGAAUCGUUGACUAUUCAGACAAAUGCUGGAUUUUUAAAGUCUGUAACAUGGACAUACAAAUUUUUGCUUGUAGCAUGAAGCAAUCAUUUAACUUAAAGUUGUGGAGAAUGUGAUGUUUUUGUUUUUGUACAUCUUACUCUUCUCCCUACAUUGUAAUACAAAAGUGGUGUUUUGCAAAUGGGUUUUUAAUGUUCAGUAUGAAUAUGUAUGCAUAUGCCAUGAAAUUUCAGUAAAACAGGUUAAAAAAAAAAAGACGAAGUACUUCAGGAGUGGGAAAAGUCAGAUGCAAUAAUUAAGCUUCAUAAAUUGCAGUUGGACAGCAGCAGUGGCCUGGCUCUUUCCUGUGCGUUUGAAGAUUUCUGGAUUGGUUGGCACUUGAAAUUUUUUUUUUUUAAACAAUACCAACUGCAUUUUAAAAACAUAUAAAUAAAAUUUUAUUUUGGGUACCACUGUAAAAAUCCAGCUAUGUUAUUUGAUUCAGGUGGAGAAUUAAAGACUCUGUACUAGUUUGUCCUUCAUGGUAACCUAAGAUUUUGAUUUAACAGUGGACACCCAGUAAAUACAACUUUAUUUAAGAGCAGAUAUGGCACAGAGGUUUGGUUUUGUCAUUCUCUUCUUCCCCCUCCCCCUCCCCCCCCCCCCCCCCCCCCCCCCCCCCCGCGCACGCGCCACACACAUUUUUACCGCUUUAAACUUUUUUACUUUCUCCUCAGGUCAUUCGUAAAGAUUGAACAUUGUAAAAGGUGUGAUAGUAAAAAGGAGAAAAGUUGAGGGGAAGGAAGAAACAUUAACGAAUUCUGUUGACAUAAAAUACCUUAGGCUUUAGAGGACUGAAGAUUUCCCUAACUUUUAUUUUCAUCAUUUUGAUGACCGUACCCCAAACCAAAUGCCUAAAAGUAAUGUUUUCCUACUAGUUUCAUGUGUAUUUGUGAGGAAUAGCUUGUGAAUCUGACACAGGUGUCUUCAUUAACAUUCUCUGAUACUUAUCACUGCAAUCUGAGGAAUGCAUCAUUUGUAUUUCUGGCACUAGUGCAAGAUCUUCUAGAAAACUGGCCCUUUAAUAAUAAUAAUAAAAAAAAAAAAAGCCAGAACAGCAAAACUAUCAAACUACAGAAGCUGUUUCCAAACUUGAUUUCUGUGCAGCUUUGGAACAGUGGUAAACUUUGGACAUUCCAUAAGCACUUGAGUUGAACUUACAUUACUGAUUACAAGACACUUGCUAAAUUCAGAUGGUCAGUAAUAAGCUGAGCAAUUAAACUUCGGCUUUCAAAUACAAAUUGACAUGAUCAAAAUGUCAUUUUGAAAAUAGGCACAGGAUCGAUGUGUUAUUUCCAUGUGAAAAUUCAGCCUGUUUCACAAAGGGCAAUAAUUUGUAUAAUUUGAAGAUUUCUAAAUGAGUGUCAAAGCCUAUUUGUAAGCACAUUUAUAUUCUAAUCACUGGCUGCAAGCAGCUUCUUUGCUCACUGAAGUUUCAAUGAGAACUUCUGAGACAUCUUUUUCAGAGAUGGGUGCAGCUUCAGCAAAGUUCUUGCUGCCUCAGAAAUAGCUAGUUUCCCCCCCUUCCUUUCAUUCUUAAUUUCUGAUACAGUGAAUUCUUUUGGAGACACCUGUGCACCACCUUGUUCAAGUGUAAACUUUCCCUUAUGCUUUUGGAAUAAAUUCAUUUUGUAAUUUUG